AUGCCGGGCCACUGUGAGAGGCUGAGGUUACCAUCGCUGGGUACAGAGAGCACCAGUAGUGGAGCCAGCUGUACAGCCAGUAAGGAACAUCGCAGAGUGGUCGUCAUGGGCUCAGCAAGGGUAGGCAAGAGCUCGAUCAUCUCACAGUUCCUCUACGACAGGUUCCUCACCCGCUAUCGAGAAACAGUUGAAGAACUUCACAGAGGAGAGUACGAGCUCCAGGACGGAGCCUGUUUGACCCUGGACAUCCUGGACACCUCAGGCGCCUACCAGUUCCCCGCCAUGAGGGCACUCUCCGUCAACACAGCUGACGCCUUCAUCCUAGUGUACUCCGUCGACGACGAGGACAGCUGGGAGGAGGUCAAGAAACUCAAAGACCAGAUCGUGGAGCGACGAGGGCCCAUGGUGCCCAUCGUGGUGGUCGGGAACAAGUCGGAGCUGGCUGACAGGGUGAUCUCCCGUGAGCAGGCGGAAGCUGUGGCAGUGUACGACUGGGAGUGUGGUUAUGUAGAAUGUUCAGCCAAGGAGAAUCAGAACAUCGUUCAGGUCUUCAAGGAGCUCCUGGUACAAGCCAAGAUUCACUACAAUCUCAGCCCCGCUGUGAAAAGGAGGAGACAAUCCCUUCCCAAUUACGUUGGCAACAACGGUUCCAACUCGGCCAAAAGUAAAUACAUGCUCAAACGCAACUCAUGCUCGGUGGCCUAACCAACUCAUCCUUUCCCAGAUGUAUAUACAUGUAGUAUAUGGUUAACAUAAGUAUUUUAUAUAAUGUUCAAUGUUUUGUUGUGGAAAACCAUUUGUAUGUGCGGUUCCAAAUAUUUUCGGUUUGUAAAACCCGUAAAUAAAUGCAAAUUUAGCUGUUUUGGGAUACACAAAGAGUGACAUUUUUAGCUGAUAUGUUCAUAAAUCGAAAAAUGUGUUUUACGCUUGUUAGCUUUAAAUAUUUGAUACGCUGUUGAGGAUUUAAACUUGUUACGGGGGUGUUUGUGCAAUAGUUUGCGGUUGACAAAUUUAUCAUUAUAAAAAUAUAACAACAUUAAAUAAAAAACAGUGGAUUUUGUAAGUGGCUGUGAUUGAGGAAUGUAUUUUUAUAGAUUGUAAUAGUUGUUUAAAUGGCCCAUUAAACUGUAUAGAAGUGGAAAUCAUCAAUCAAGUUCGAGUUUAGGUUGUUUUUCCAAAUAUAUGCUACACAAUUGUUGUUUAGCUUGUUUUCUCUCAACAUGAUUAUUUAAUUGAAAACCUAUUUUGAGUUGAUAUUUUAACAUUUACAGGAAUUUUGAAAAAACACUUUUAUAGUCAAGGUAUUUUGCUCGUAAGAAUCUUGGUUUGUUUUGUUGUCUUUUCUUACUUGGAUAAUCUGGAAAGCCAAUAAUGUUGACAGAAAUAAUACUGAGAGAGAAGUUCUGAAAUGAUAAGAUUUAGGAGCAAGUUACUUCCCAAAAAUCUACAAUAGUAAUUGGAGUUUGAUGAUUGUGAUUAACGAUUUUGUCAAUUAUACGGUGCAAUGAAAAGCACUGUAAU